AUGGAGGUUGUGCAAUUGGAACAAAUAGUAUCUUACAAUGCUUUAUCUCAAGUUCUUGAAGGUGUUAUCAUAAAAGUGGACAAGAAGAAGAAAAGAUCGGAUAUUGUUGAGGAGCAAACUGCAAAAGUUGAAACUAGUAGUGCUCCACCUAGUAGUGGUAAAGGGAAAAAGAAUCAGAAGAGAGGUCAGCAACUAAUUCUUCAAGAAGAAUCUGAUGGCAAUGACAUUGAGGAGGAGCCAAAGAAAGUGAAGGCAACUGGCAAGAAGGCCAAACCAAUUGAAUCUACCUCUCAGAGUAUUCCCAUUAAAGCUUUGUCUUACAAGCCUAUGACUAAUUUUGAGAGAAUGAUAAAUACAUUAGGAAGGAAUAGGAAUAUCAUUGAACCAGACAAGAAGCCACCAUCUAUUUCAUUGAUUAAUGCAGUGGAUAUACCAUCAACUCAACCAAGUGUGGAUAUUCCACCCCCACCAGUAAAAGAUCAACAAGUGAAAUCACAACUACCACCAAUUUCGCAAGCUACCCAGGAGAAACCCAUUGAAAGAGUAGCAGAAAAUUCCUCUGAACAGGAAAAGGAGAAAGAUCAAGAUAAAACUAAGAAGGAGAAAUCUGCUGAACCAAAAAAGGCAUUAGUCAACCAGCAAAAUGAUGAUAAUGAUGACUUAUUAGGCAUCAAAGAACCUAUAUAUGUUGACAAUAUGAGUGCAUCAGGAUUAUUGGAGAUUGCAAUUGUGAUGCAAUCCAGAGCUUAG